CCGGCAUGCAAACAUGGCGGACAAUUCGACGUUGGUCGAGCAAAAUAAUCCGUCUAAGGCUUCAAACAGUCCUUUAAAACGAAAACUUGACAGUCAGGACAGUACAAGCAGAAAUAAUGUUGAAAAUAAAAAGACAAAAACCGAAGAUUCUGUGAAAAGCAACAGGAAAUCUUCGCCAGAGCGUAAAGAACGAAAGAAAGAAAAGAAGUCGAAGAAAAGUAAAGAAGAAAAGAAGAAGCUGAAACAAGCUUUGAAGAAAGAGGUAGACGAAGCAUUUUUCGAAGUGGAAAUAGCACCUGUCCAGGAUCCAAAGGUUGAUAAGAGCAGGAUAUGUCCCUACCUUGAUACAAUCAACAGAUCUUUGUUGGAUUUUGACUUUGAGAAGCUAUGCUCUGUCUCACUUUCACACAUCAACGUGUACGCCUGUCUUGUUUGUGGAAAAUACUUUCAAGGGCGUGGGAACAAGUCCCAUGCAUACACCCACAGUGUUCAGGAUGCACACCAUGUAUUUCUGAAUCUUUCCACCCACAAGUUCUACUGUAUCCCUGACAACUAUGAGAUCAUUGACUCUUCUCUUGAUGACAUCAUCUAUGUUUUGAACCCUACAUUUACAAGUGAGCAUAUAUCCAGUCUGGAUAGUUCAUCCAAAUUGUCAAGGGCAUACGAUGGCACAACAUAUCUCCCUGGUAUUGUUGGGCUGAACAAUAUCAAAGCAAACGAUUACUGCAACGUGGUCUUACAGGCUCUCUCACAUGUGAUGCCUCUGAGGAACUACUUUCUUCAAGAGGCGAGCUACAAGACUAUCAAACGUCCGCCUGGUGACCAGAUGUUCCUGGUCGUGCAGAGGUUUGGUGAGCUGCUACGGAAAUUGUGGAACCCACGUAACUUCAAGGCCCAUGUUAGUCCACAUGAGAUGUUACAGUCGGUAGUGCUGUGCAGCAAGAAGAGAUUCCAGAUCACAAGCCAGGGUGAUGCCCUAGAUUUUCUGUCCUGGUUCCUGAAUGCGAUGCACGGCGCACUUAAUGGAACAAAGAAACUCUCCAGCUCCAUAAUCAACAAGACGUUCCGUGGGAAAAUGAAAGUCUUCUCUCGGAAAGUCCCUCCUCUUGAAAUGGCUGAACAUGAGAAACAGAAGUUGUUGCUGACCCCGGAGUAUCAGGAGCGGGAAGAGGAAAUGCCCUGGUUGUACCUGACCUGUGACCUGCCGCCAACGCCACUCUUUCCUGAUGAGCUUCAGGAGAAUAUCAUCCCCCAGGUGCCCUUCCACUCAAUCUUGGCUAAGUUCAACGGGGUGUUCGAGAAAGAGUACAAGACAAGUAAGGACUCAACGCUCAAGAGGUUCCAGCUAACCAAACUACCACCAUACAUCAUCGUCUAUGUAAAGAGAUUUACAAAAAACUUCUUUGUGCAGGAGAAGAACCCAACAAUUGUAAACUUCCCCAUCAAGAACAUAGACUUUGGUGACUUGUUGUCAACAGAGGUGCGUGCCCGCCACAGGAACACGACCUAUGAUCUCAUGGCAAACAUUGUACAUGAUGGGGAGCCGGGGCCAGGCAAGGGCACGUACAGGGUCCAUAUACUCCACAAGGGUUCGGGCAAGUGGUAUGAACUUCAGGAUCUUCAUGUGGCCGAUAUCCUGCCCCAGAUGAUCACGCUGUCAGAGAGCUACAUACAGAUAUUUGAACUUAGGACAGACAUACCAAACCCUUCAUAUGAGCCUUCAAGACAGGCAGCCAGUGGUAACAAGAAACCAAUCAGAAAAAGUGCUGACCAAUCAGCAGGCAGUGGAAACCAGGCAGGAAAAUCAAAGAGCCAAUCAGAGUCAAGUGGUAAACAGAAAGGAACAUCUGAUAACCAAUCAGAAAAUAGUGGGAACCAGUCAGCUAGCAAUGGGGAUAAUGCAGGUGACAAUGCUGAGGAACAGUCAGAUGAUAUGGAUACUGGAGAAUGAGGGAAACAGGAUGGCGUUGGCAAAAUGAUGUAUAGUGUGAUGGUGUCAGUAUGUAAAUGAAUGUAUUGGUACAUCAAGUAAUGCGGUAAUGACACUCCUGGUAAAAGACACUAAAGGAAAGAUGAUAGGAACAGAUUAAGGAUAGUGCUAUAAAUGAGUUAUUGCAUAGAGAAUGUGUUUUUAACACAAAUGUGCAGUUUUGAUGUAUAGAACCUGAUUCAACUCUUUCUUUCCAUUCAUAGUAUAAAAAUAGACAUUGUAUGCACAGAAAAAGGUUUUAAAUAGUCAUUGGAUAUAAAAUUAUGUUAUACAUUAGAAAUGAUCAUGUUUAAACUAUUAUGUUAAGAGUAUUUCCUUUUAAAUAAUAAUGAAUCGAAAAUGAGUUGUAAAUGUAAUUUUGUAUUUUGCCUGCGGAUUAAUGGAAUAACUUGAUAGUCUGUUGACACAAGAUAUCAAUGACUGUAAGGAUUUCAUUGUAUUUUACUUGCAGCAUAUUUCAAUUGAAAUUAUGGAUUUCUUUUAUUUUUAAUAUGUUAGUUAAAUAUCUGAAGGCAGUAAUGAAUGAUAAACCUGUUAUCCUUAUAUAAAACAUGAGAUGGCAAAUAAAAUGACAUAAACGACAA